AUGGGAGGGGGUGCUUCCAAAGAGGAUCUCAGCACUGGCAAACAAAUCCACACCACAGCAGCUCCAAAAAGUACCUCUGCACCCUGCCCUUCCGACAAAGAACUUCAUCUGGCCUUAGCCUUUCUUGCUGGGAGUCUACUGACAUUGCUGCUGAUGGCCCUUGUCUUCCUCAUCGCAAAGAGCUACAGAAAAUAUCACCCAAGUCCCCGAGCUCUGGAUCCUCACUCAGAUUCUCUUGCCAAGCUGUCAUCCACCCAGGAGGCCCUCAGAACCUCAAAAGGAAAGAGAGACGACUUGAUUGCAAACCCUUCUUCAGACUCGAACUCCGUUAUCUAUGCUCAGAUUAAAGGGGCAAACUUUCCCUGA